CAGACACCGGUUGUUUUAUGGCCCCUUAUUACCAGACAUUGUCUUAAGUAAUUGCUAUUUAUGCAGUCCUAGAAUAUAUCCUAUAUAGGUGGAGCUUCGCUCAGUCUGUAUUGAUUCCACAUCAGUUUGCACUUACAGUUCACUGUUUUGUCCCUUAUUUUUGUCUUACGUCAUUUUUCCAGCCAGUUCUACUGUUUCCAUCAACUCCAUUUCUUUCUCUGACCCCACAGUCUCUCUCACCCCUCCUUUUGCAAUCCCUUCUUCCACAUAAUCCCUCCUUCUCCAUAGCUCCCUUUUCCACAGCCCCUGUGCUCCUCUCCAUCGCAUCCUCCCUUCUUCAUGUCUCUUCUUCUCUGCACUGCCUCUGUGUUAGUGGAUAAUCCAGAAGGAAGACACAACUCUGUGUCAUUGUCUCCUCUCACCCUCUGCAUUACCCCCAGAGGUGCCUGGACUGCUGCUGCUGCUGCAUUUAGGAGGCUACGUCUGUAACAUGACACCAGGGGCAAAAGAAUGAAGCAUGGAAGAGAAGGAAAGGGAAGACCCGGACUAUCCCCCCGCUUCACCACAAACCCCUCUUAUUAUUAGACGAGACUUCAGAGGAAAUCCGAAGAACAAGUCAAAGCACUCACCGCCCGGGGAAGGAAACAUGCGCUGAGCUCGUAUUACUGAAGAUUUUUAUGGAAUGCCCGGAUCACCAAAGGGCUUCAUGACGAUUUGUGUAAAAUGCUCCGUGUCUUUGCGCCUCUGGUGCUUCUCCUGUUGUUGCUGAUGAAGACCACUGGUAGCCCCCACUCUAUUCGAAUUGCUGCAAUUCUAGAUGACCCAAUGGAAUGCAGUAGAGGAGAGAGACUUUCAAUCACACUAGCCAAGGACAGAAUAAACCGGACCCCCGAGAGGCAAGGAAAAUCCAAACUGGAGGUGGACAUCUUUGAACUUUUGAGAGACAGCGAGUAUGAGACAGCAGAGACAAUGUGCCAAAUCCUUCCCAAAGGAGUCUUGGGAGUUCUGGGCCCAUCAUACAGCCCGUCAUCCAGCUCUAUCAUCAGCAACAUCUGUGGAGAGAAGGAGGUACCUCACAUAAAAGUAUCACCUGAGGAAUAUUUAAGGUUUCAGUUUCAGAGAUUCACCACUUUGAACCUUCAUCCCAGCAACACGGACAUCAGUGCCGCGAUUGCAGCUCUACUUAAUUUCUUCAACAGUACCACUGCCUGUCUUAUCUGUGCCAAAGCAGAGUGUCUCCUGAAUCUUGAAAAACUCCUUCGCCAAUUUCUGAUUUCCAAGGACUGUCUUUCAGUCAGGAUGCUUGAUGACACCUGGGAUCCAACACCUCUUUUAAAGGAAAUUCGUGAUGACAAGACUAGCACUAUUAUUAUUCAUGCUAAUGCAUCAAUGUCCCACACCAUUCUGAUGAAGGCUGCGGAACUAGGAAUGGUAUCAGCUUAUUAUACAUACAUCUUCACAAACCUGGAAUUUUCACUGCAACGAUUUGACAGCCCAUUGGAUGACCGAGUGAACAUCUUGAGUUUUUCUAUGUUUAACCAGUCACACGCCUACUUUCAGGAAUUCACGCAGAUACUUCAACAGUCUUGGGAAGAGAACUGUGAUCACUCUCCUUUUACUGGCCCUGCACUGUCUGCUGCAUUACUUUUUGAUGCUGUUUACGGCAUUGUGAAUGCUGUACAGGAAUUAAAUCGAAGUCAGGAGAUUGGUGUAAAACCCCUUUCAUGUGGCUCUGCGCAAAUAUGGCAACAUGGUACAAGCCUUAUGAACUACUUGAGAAUGGUGAGGAAGGAGUUGGAAGGUCUUACUGGACAUGUGGAAUUCAAUAGCAAAGGUCAACGGUCAAAUUAUGAUAUCAAGAUUCUGCAGUACACCAAGAUAGGGUUUCAAGAGAUUGGACAGUGGCAUGUGACUAAUGGUAUCUCCAUGGACAAAAGAUACUUGUUCCAAAAUGUUACUGACACCCUGGCUAAUAAAACACUUAUAAUCACUACAAUUCUAGAAAACCCAUACUUGAUGUUAAAGCCCAACCAUCAGGAACUCGUUGGUAAUGACCGGUAUGAAGGAUUUUGUGUGGACAUGCUACAGGAGUUAUCGAAGAUCCUGCAUUUUAAUUAUAAGCUCCGCUUGGUAGCAGAUGGACUUUAUGGUGUUCCAGAACUCAAUGGUACUUGGAAUGGAAUGGUGGGAGAGCUGAUAUCAAGGAAAGCUGACCUGGCUGUUGCCGGACUCACAAUUACAGCGGAAAGAGAAAAGGUGAUCGACUUCUCAAAACCAUACAUGACUUUAGGAAUCAGUAUUCUGUACCGAGUUCAUAUGGGCAGGAAGCCUGGAUACUUUUCUUUCCUGGAUCCAUUCUCACCUGGUGUGUGGCUCUUCAUGCUUCUUGGCUACUUGGCUGUCAGCUGUGUGUUGUUCCUUGUGGCUCGCUUAACUCCAUAUGAAUGGUACAGUCCUCAUCCAUGUGUACAGGGAAGAUGCAACCUCUUAAUAAAUCAGUAUUCACUUGGGAACAGUCUGUGGUUUCCAGUUGGAGGCUUUAUGCAACAGGGAUCUACCAUAGCACCCAGAGCUUUGUCUACACGAUGUGUCAGCGGAGUUUGGUGGGCAUUCACCCUAAUAAUAAUUUCAUCAUACACAGCCAAUCUUGCUGCCUUUCUCACUGUGCAAAGAAUGGAUGUACCCAUCGAAUCAGUGGAUGACCUGGCAGACCAGACCACCAUUGAGUAUGGUACAAUACAUGGAGGCUCCAGCAUGACUUUCUUCCAAAAUUCUCGCUACCAGACUUAUCAAAGGAUGUGGAAUUACAUGCACUCAAAACAACCUAGUGUAUUUGUCAAGAGCACAGAGGAAGGUAUAGCCAGAGUGUUGAACUCGAACUAUGCUUUUCUACUGGAGUCAACCAUGAAUGAGUACUAUCGUCAACGUAACUGCAACCUUACUCAGGUCGGAGGGCUGCUGGACACGAAAGGCUAUGGUAUUGGAAUGCCCAUAGGCUCAGUUUUCCGAGAUGAGUUUGAUUUGGCAAUCUUACAACUUCAAGAAAACAACUGUCUAGAGGAUCUGAAACGAAAAUGGUGGGAUGGGGGUAAAUGUCCAAAAGAAGAGGACCACAGAGCUAAAGGUUUAGGAAUGGAAAACAUUGGCGGCAUCUUUGUUGUGUUAAUCUGUGGUCUAAUAGUGGCUAUUUUUAUGGCAGUGCUUGAGUUCCUGUGGACUAUACGCAACUCUGAAGAGUCUGAGGUUUCUGUGUGUAAAGAAAUGGUGACGGAGCUAAGCAACAUAAUUCUCUGCAAAGACAGUCUCCUACCACGUCGAAGGCGUGGGGGCUUUAUACGUCCUAGAGCUACCAUUCAGGAUGAAAGAAGAGGACGUAAUACUACUAUUCUCAGUAAUGGUAAACUAUGUGGUGGUAGUGGGCCUGACCCAUUGGCACAGAGACUGGCACAAGAAGCAGCUCUAGUAGCUCGAGAAUGUACACAUAUUAGAGUAUGUCCGGAGUGCCGCCGCUUUCAAGGACUCAGACCACGUACCUCCGCAGGAUCUCCAGCACAAAGUGAGGAGAGUUUGUGGGAGAAGACGACAAACAGUAGUGAGCCAGAGUAGAAAACCAUGAGCGAUAAGAAACAAAACAUCCAGUGCUGUUUUUUUAGUCAUCAUUGAAUUAUACAAAUAAACUUUCUACAGCUAGACUAAAAUCCUGUUAGUGGAUUAUCCACAGUACAAAAAAAUCUCCCACAAUGGAUUUCUGUGAUCUGAGCUGCCAUUAAAGUUCCUGACAUCAUAAAACUGAUGGUUCUCAUACAAAUAGCAGAGGACUAAACCUAGUCAUAUGAUAUCAUUAUUUUUGGAUCUUGAGGGCCAUUGUCUUUACCCAUAGUCAUAAGCAUCUAAAAAGCUUUUAUUAUUUGGAUACCUACAGUGUCUGUAGUAUUAAGCAAAACAUUUUGUCUAAAACAGUAAGUCUGAUCUGGUAAGAAGGUUGUUCUCUGCGAUCAGGAAACCGUUUGGUGUUUUAUCAUGGCUUUAUGUGUGUCUUUGAAGGUUGUGUUAUGCCAAUAUUCAUGUUUUGUAGAGAAAGUCAUGCCCUAUAUGCAGUCUACAUCCUGGCCACGUGCAAAACUCUACAAUAUCGAUGUCAUGGGAUAUAAGUACCCAUGGCUGUCAUGUAAAUAUAGAGCUUUGUCAUUGUGUAACAAGAAUAAGAGCUAGAUUUACUAAAUUAUCAUUUGUGAAAGUACAUAAAAAAAGAAAAAAAAAUCCCAUUUCUACAUGAAAGUAUAGUUACAAAAAAGUGUUGUAAUAUACUAUACUAGUAAGGUUUAAGUGUAGAGACAUCACUAUGGUUAAAACCAUAGAAGAGUUGGUACCUACCACUUAUCUCUACAUAACCAUAUGCCUUUCAUAAUGUAAGAUUUGGUAAAUCUACCAUUUAUUGAAAUAAAAUCCACUCCAGGAGUCAUAGAAGCUGUGUAUGAAAGAAUUAUAAUAAUAUUUUUUGAUGAAAUCUACAAUUCUAUGCAAUUUCUGUAAAAUAAAGACAACAAUUCUUAGUAUGUUUUGUAUAGAUGUAAAUAUGUACUGUACAAAGUGUCCUAGUAGAUACUUAUAUUUAUAAUAUGGGUGCAAAGAGAUUUACUAUACAUUUUA